AACGUCGUUCGCCUCGUGUCAACGACGGUUAAAUAAUUUCAUUGUUUCGCGGGCAUCCAUUGUUGUAAAAUAUACGCAGGAAGCGAUGUUUGCAAGCUUGACGCGGGUCGUGGUCUCAAGAAUGGGAGCGGACAAUCGGUUUAUGAAGUGAAACUCGCCUUCUUGCGGCUUUAAAAACAAGAAGGGCCUCCUUCUCGUUCUCCUGGCAGGCUUCGCCCACACCAGGGCGGAAAUGCUGGAAACGAUAGCUCAAUGGCCACUUCUGGACUUCGCCCUUCCUUACGAUCGAGAGUUCCUGAAUCAGUAUCGUCCCGAGAACGUGGUGCCUACUGGUAUCACGGUCGGCUGGGACAAGAUCUUCGUCAGCAUCCCGAGAUUGCGCGACGGCGUACCGUCGACCUUGAACUACAUACCGAGAAACAUUCCUUUGGAUAGCAGCCCUCAGCUCCAGGCCUACCCAUCCUGGGAUUGGCACAGUGCUGGCAAGGGAGACCUGAACUGCUCGAAACUCAUCUCCGUCUACAGGACACAACUCGAUAGGUGCAACAGGCUGUGGGUCGUCGACAGUGGAAUAAUGACCUCGAUCGAUGACUUCAGACCUGUUUGCCGACCGAAAAUCCUGGUCUUCGACCUGCAAACCGACACGGUGGUGCGACAGUUCACCUUCCCUCGAGAGGUUUUAAGACCCAACACGCUGCUGACGAACGUCCUGAUCGACGAUGUUUCAGCGACCACCUGCGACGACGUGUUCCUUUACAUAUCCGACACGGCAGGACCUGGCAUCCUGGUCUUCGACGCCGCGACGGACAGAAGCUGGCGCGUCACGCACGCCACUAUGUACCCGCAUCCAGAUUUCUCCACUUACAGGAUCGGUAGCGACACGUUCGAGUUACUGGACGGUGUCGUGGGGUUGGCGUUUUCUGCGAGAUUAGGAUUGGUGUAUUAUCAGCCACUGGCGACCGACAGGAUCUUCAGCGUGCCGACCACGGCACUUCAAGCGGGUCCUCCGCCGUUUGGCGAACAAUUGCCGGUGACUUUGGUCGGCAGGAAGUCCAGUCAAGGUCUCGCGUUGGCCGUCGAUCCUCGAGACGACAAGAUCCUCUUCUCGCCGUUCACGGAAACCGCGAUCGCCGCCUGGCAGCCGCAGACCAACCAGCAGAGGAUCCUGGCUUUCAGUCCGGAGAAGCUGCAAUUCGUCGCUGAGCUUCGCUGGGCAGACCGCGACAAUGGCAACAUUUGGGUGUUGGCAUCCAGGUUUCAGAAAUUCUUCCGGCGGGAGGUGAACGCGCGCGACGUCAACAUUCGGAUCAUGAGGAUGAUUCCCGAGCCCCGUUCGCUGAAAAACGCAGCGUUUGCUUCGUACCAACAACAACGGUUUCCACUAUAUUUCUACAAUAAUACGUUAGGCUUUUAGGGACGUUGGCGUAGUCGGUAUCGUUUGGCAUACAUCCAACGGAAAGUUUCUCAAACUUUCGUUAACCCUUAGGAGCCUGAUUUUUCAAAUUAAAUUAACAAAAAAAAAAAAAAAUAUAUCAAUGUAUUUAUUAUUUGAACAAUUUUGACAGCUGACGUUUGUAUUUUUAACUUUUAUUCAAAAGGACAUUAUGCAAUGGUAACAUAGAUGCAGUCAAAUAUUAAAAAUAAACCAAUUCCAAGUGUAAAAUUCGAUUUGAAAGUCCGAUAUCAAAUUUGAAGUUUAGGGCAUUUAAGGGUUAAAGGGUUACGCCAUCUUGAAAGACCGAAUUAGUGGAAUUUUCUGAUGAGGAGUAAGGGUUGACGUAUAAACGCUAGAAAUAUUAAUGCUCACGCGGUACAGUAUUGAAACUAUUAUGCUAUCCAAGCAUACAAAAUAUAUAGUAGGUUUCUAUUACGGAAGAAUUCGUUUAAAUUAUUAGUCCAUCCGCUAACAUGUAUAUACGCUAGGACACUUUGGUCAAAUGGUAGCGUGUGUGUGUGUGUGUGUGUGUCAAGGGAGUAGAAGCGCUAAAAAAACGACAUGUCUUUGUUCGUUAUUCUAACGUUAAUCGAUUUCGAAUCUUUUCUCGAUGGUCACGUUUUCCUUCGUCCAUUGUAGACAUUAAAUCAUUGUCCAAAGUUAAAAGUUCGAAUCACGAGGAACUGGUUCUCCGGGAUUCAAUAAUUAUUUUCUGGACGUGAAUCCAAAUGUCGCCUUUCUAAAAAUAUCUGUGAACAUUCCUGGAAGCAAUAAAAUAUAUUCAAACUUUCCAAAACGACGCAGAUUCCUCUAACGAUGUUUCCCCGGAUGUAUUCCCCCCGA